AUGUUGUGGAUUGAUUUAUUUAUGCCCAUUAUUAUAACAUUCCAGCAAUAUACUUUCAUUUUCACUUUUAUAAAAUAUUCUAUUUGCCUAAAAAUGUUUAAAAAUCACACGGUGCUUUAUUUAAGUAUGAAAUGUAUUAUAAAAUUUCCUACAAGAAAGAAUGUGUGUAUUUUAAUUAAUGAAGAGGAUUUUAUAAAUCACAGAUGCUAUAUUAAACCAUGGACAAUUAGUAUUAUAUCAAAUUGUGAUUUGAAAAAUUUUAUUCGUGGAUCAAAUCUUAAAAUAAUUGGCCCAUUAGAUAUUAAAAAGCUGUGA